UCUCAGUUCGUUUUAGUUUAAAAUCCAGGUUUUUAAUAAUUAAUCAGCAUUUUCAUUAACAAAUUAAAUGAGUUGUAAUACAUCUGAAAUACCAACUAUAGCUUUAUCAAUUUUGAACCGAGUGGAAGCACGAAUUAAUAAAUCAGACAUUAAACAAAUUACAGACGAAGAGUUACUUUCGCUUUAUUCCGUAUUUGGAGCAGCAUUACAGAGAGCUUUGGAUAUACUUGAGAAAAAUCCAACGCUCACUAUCUAUGCAACUUCUAAUAAUAAAAGAGAGUUGAUAGAGAUCAAGGGAGACAACGACCGUUGCUACAGGGUGUUCCCUCGCAUCAACUUCUGUCCGUGCCGCGCCUUCCGCCAUCAGGUCAUCGAGAGGAAGGUGCAAGUCACUUGUAAACACAUCAUAGCUGCAAGAUUAGCAUUGAUACUCAACAGAACUGCCUUGCAUGAAGUGACGAGUGACCAGUAUUUGAUGUUGUUGAAGUCCAUGUUUGAUCUAGAGGACAGCUAG